AUGGCAGUGCACAUACUGCUGCACGAGUUUCAGCCGCGCCGAGCAUCUACGCCGACACCUUCGGUCACAGACCUUCUGAAACGCCAUGAGAGGACAUGCAGAGUCAGAGAAGAACAGGAAGAGGUCGUGGAGGCUCCUGCGGACUUUCAGUCAAAUCAGCGAGAUCGACAGAGUGAAAGCGAGAGAGCCGUUGUCUCGUCAUGUUCAACCCGAAAUGGAGACCUCCCUGACCUUCCCAGCUCAGUGGACUUUGCCGCGCUGGACUUUUUAUUUUCACCAGCGCUAGUUUCGGACAGCAUCACGAUGGCUGAAAGACUGGAAUAUCUCGCCUACUUUACGAGCGCCAAUGGUAUGGCUACGUUUCUGGACCGCGAGACGCUCAAACAGCGACAGGAGCUCCUCAAGGGGGUUGACCGACACUCGUACGAAAGAAUAUGCAAAGAAGCGCAUCGUGCAGACUUGCUGCCAGAAACAAUUGAUCCCUCGCUCAUCCACCUGCCGUCAUCCAUUGACGAGGAUAUGCUCAUUUACAAGGCCCACGAGAUCACGCAGUGUAUCCACCGAACCAUCACCACAAAGUCAGACAAAACCAUCAUCAAACUGGACUGGACCCUUGCCGUCCAACAAUCCUGCUCCGCUUUCUUCUCAGCUAGCAAUAUCCGCCGCUUUCUGGAAUAUUUCUGGUCAUUGUGGUACCCCAACUGUCCCAUCGUGCAUCGCCCGUCGUUUGAUCCAGAGACAGCGCGGACAGCUCUGCUGUGCGUUAUGCUGAUUAUUGGAGCGUGUCUGUCGCCGCAUGAGGAAGACGCCGAAGCGGCCAAGAUGUGGUUGGACAGCGUCGAGGAAAUGGUAUUCGGUGAUGAGGUUUUUAUGGAGAAAGAGACGUCCGACACGUCGUCGGGUCAGCUAUACGACAAGGCCGAAUGGAUGAAGAAGCGCGUCGAAUGUAUCCAGGCGGCAUAUCUGGUCUGCUCACUGCAGAAAAGGGAGGGGUCCGUGGAGGCGCAGGGGCGCGUGAGGAGGUAUCGACAUGCAACUCUGGUUAUGCUGGCGAGAGACAUCGGGCUUGAAUCGGCCACGCAUCGCAACUUGCGGCUGGAGAGCCCCUCCAAGUCAUGGUGGAGCCAGUUUGUCAUUGAGGAGGAAUUGAUUCGGACUCGGACGUUCAUAUUCCUGAUCGAUGCCGCCAUGGCGAUCUUCCACCACGCUCCGCCACGGAUGGUGGUUUCGGAGCUCAAGAUGGACAUGGCUUGCCCCGAGGCUUGUUUUCAGGCAGACACAGCUACAGAGUGCUUUCACGCCCUGAGGGAAUGGGAAGGGUCUAUCUUCUGGUCUGAGAGACUGUCCGUCGCUGGCGUGGUACGGAGGAUAUGCCAAAGACAGUUGGAUGGCCACUCUGUCCUCGAGUUUUCAAAGAUGGGAACGCUGAAUCUGUUUACGACUGUACAAGCUCUACAUUCUUUUACGUUUCAUCUGCAAAACUCCUUGGUCUUCGAGUCCAGCCUCGCCCCGGUUCAAACCGGUUUGGAGAACUGGCGUCGAAUAUGGAACGCACGACAACCCGAGGACAAGGACAUUCCCGACGAACCGCAGUCUAUCUGGAAGAAGAUCGGUUUUGUGCGGUAUGCACCUGAAUUCUGGCACUUGGCUCGAAUCAUCGUUGCCCGAAUCAUCGCCAGUGCUAGCGAUGAUCAAUGUCCUCUGCCUACAGAGCGGGGUCUCUCUCGCUUCGAUCAUACUGACAUGAGAGAUAUUAAUGGAUUGAUCACGGAAUACCGACAAAUGAAUCUGGGAGUUACGCCGUGA